UUCAGUGGCCUUCCUCCUCCCUCUUGCCUCCCUGCCUCUGACGUAGAAGGGGCGGCUGACGACGGGCCAUUUUUUGGGAGGGAGAGGAGGAGGAGGAGGAAGAGGGCGGGAAGGAUGGAGGAUGACUCACAAUGUUAUGAUGAUGCGGAUCCCCAACGCGCAGCAGCCCCUCCACAAGCCUAGGCUCCGAACGACGCGGCCCUAGAGAUCGCCAUCCCAGCAGCAGAGCCCCGAGAGAGGGACCCCGCCAGCCCCACGGGAGACGGAGUCAAGGUGACUCCCCUUUCGGUCUGGUUCUCAUCUGGGGGGGGGCCUGGCAGCGCAGUCCCCCCAAACUUCAUUUUUCUGAAACACGGCUCUAGCCAACCUGCUUCGCUGUUUCACUUGCGAUCGCCUGUGUGGGGGCUGCACGGCGCCAGCUCCCCCACCUAGACAGGGCAUUGCUCUCCAGCCUGUCAUGCCCAGCUGCGAGCCAGUACCACCUGCACCUUGCCUUCCUACCAAGACCUUCCGCAGUUACCUGCCACGGUGCCACCGGACAUACAGCUGUGUCCACUGUCGGGCACACCUGGCCAAGCAUGAUGAACUUAUCUCAAAGUCCUUCCAGGGAAGUCAUGGUCGCGCCUAUCUUUUCAAUUCUGUGGUUAAUGUGGGCUGUGGUCCAGCCGAGCAACGCCUCUUGCUCACAGGUCUCCAUUCAGUUGCUGACAUAUUCUGCGAAAGCUGCAAGACUACGCUGGGCUGGAAAUAUGAACAAGCCUUCGAGACCAGCCAGAAAUACAAAGAAGGAAAGUACAUUAUUGAGAUGUCACAUAUGGUGAAGGACAACGGCUGGGACUGAGGGGGGAGGGCUCUGGAUGCACACCCUCCUGCGUAGCAUGCCUUGCCCUUUCCUAACCCCACAAUCACAGCUGGCAUCCUGGCACAACCAACCCAUCCCUUUCCCCACCCCAUCUCCUGCACAGCAUCACCCGUGGGAGUGGAAAGACCAGGACCUUUCUCCCAAACCUCUUGUAGAUUCUGAAAUGCUGGAUCCAGUUUGGAAGACCCUACACCACUUCUACAGCAGAAGGGCAAGUUCAUAGGGUACAGAAGCCUAUGUGGGAGGAUUGUAAAUUAGAUUCUACAUGACCUGUUACAGGGCAUGCUAUUCCCCCUCCCCUGCACUUCUAACACCUGUUUGGUGGGACAAACUGGGGCAAUUGGGGCAAACAGAACAGCAAAGGCUGUAUAAGAGAGAUACAGUCCUUUCUGGAAGGGGCAAAAAAGCCUGGGAAGACAGGGCAAACAGGGAAGGAGUCACAGUUCAGUGGGCAGAGCACAUUUUGCACGAUGAAACCUCCAGGUUCAUGAGUCUUUGGUACUCCCACUUUAAAAGAACCUCAAGGAGCAAGGCUGUAACAGAACUUUUUCCAAGUCCCUGGGCAACUGCUGGCAGUCACAACUGACAAUAAUGAGUAGGAAGGACCAGUGAUCUGGUUCAGUAUAGGGCAGCUUCUUAUUCUCCUCGUUUUGGUGGAGAUAAAUCAAAAGUGUGUGUCUGUAUACCAGUGUUGGGUAGAGAAUGCUGGAGGGAAAAUCAGUCCCUCCCAAUUUGAAACAAAAAGUAUCCUGGAGGUAGGGGACAGAGGAGCAGUCCCUCUCCACAUGGGGCCAUGGUAGUUCACCUCCUCCUUCACCAUCCCCUUUCCCCAAACACUGCCGUGGUAUUUUCCCCAUGUUUAUUCUAUGGAGUCUGUUUCUUUUGUUUUGGGUCGCCAUGUGCUUGUGAUCCCGGGGCACCAUGGACCCCCACAACCCCCUCACCGCACAUGAAGAAAGGGUUGGGGGGGUCAGGUGGGACAAAGCCUCAAGCACUGUCACCAGCGCAGAAAUUUUUUGUAUAAUAAAAGUGUUUUAUAUUUAAAGCAAGCAAACAAA